CGUGACCGCGCAUCAAGUCAAUCCGUCAACCUUUCCGUGUGUCUCCUUCAAUUCAGUAGGAUGAAGGUAGUGAACGAAUGAUAAGUGUGGGUAGAAUCGUAGCUAGCUUCGCACUGUACGGCUUCUCGGCCACGAAUCUCGGUAGUGGAUUGCGUAGAAGAAACGAUGACGUAAACGCGAUCGUGAGGCAAUCGGAGGCCAGAUAACACGCGAAACGACCAGCAGCACAAGGGAUACGCGUCGCGAUGUCUUCAACCUCGUUGCGAGUCCUGGUCGGCCGCUGAUCGUGGUGAAGGGGACACCUAGUUGGCACCACGAUGCAGUCGAUCUACUGGACUGGACGACUCCUGUCGCGCGCGCUCUGGAAUGGCAUCGCGAGCUACAGUUCUACGUGCGGCGCCGAGCAGCAACCGAAUGCGAUUGUCGCGAGCAGCAGCAAGCGUUACGAGGCCUCGCUCGUCUCUGCGGUGUGCGGCUUCCCAAAGGACUUUACACGGGGCCGUAUACGCAGGGGCCAGUUCGGCGACGACGCCUGGUUCACCGCGAAAUUCAAAGCUGCCGAGGUCAUAGGUGUGGCUGACGGUGUUGGAGGAUGGCGUCACUACGGAAUCGAUCCGGGAGAGUUUUCUAAUUUCUUAAUGAAAACAUGCGAAAGGCUAGUUUCUAUGGGUAGAUUUACACCCACGGAACCGGCUGGCUUAUUAGCGCGUAGUUACUAUGAAUUAUUAGAAAACAAACAACCGAUAUUAGGUAGCAGCACCGCAUGCGUCAUAGUUCUCAAUAAGGAGACGAGCAGCAUUUACACAGCCAAUAUAGGGGACAGUGGCUUUGUAGUCGUGCGAAGGGGGCAAGUGGUGCAUCGCUCCUCCGAGCAGCAACAUUACUUCAACACCCCCUUUCAAUUAUCGCUGCCACCUCCAGGACACUCUGAUCUGGUACUUCGCGAUAGUCCAGAAUCCGCCGACACUUCGAGUUUCGGGGUCGAGGACGGCGAUGUGAUCCUUCUGGCGACCGACGGGGUAUUCGAUAAUGUGCCUGACCAGUUGCUAGUCACGGAGAUGCAAAAAGUCGAGGGCGAGAGAGACCCGACGAAAAUACAGUACGUCGCUAACACAAUAGCGUGGAUGGCGCGUAGAUUGGCCUUUGACGGCGCCUUCAUGUCUCCGUUUGCUCAAAAUGCCCGCGAAAAUGGGAUCGAUGCAAUAGGUGGUAAACCGGAUGACAUCACUGUCCUUUUAGCAACGGUGGCGAUAUGAUAAAACAAUAAGGAACAAGUGUACAAUAGAGCCCCGAUCAUUGUAUUAUAGUCCAUGUCAUUGCGUAUAUGUAGUUAGUUAUACAUCAUUAUAUUAAUCCUAUUACGCAAAUCAUUUAUUAUUUAAAAUCGAAAUAAAUGGUUUUGUAAAAUC